GGACAUUUUGUGACUCUUUAAUGCGAUUUUCAUGUAUUUCAAUGGAAUUUUUGUGUAUUUCAAUGGGGUUUUUGGGGUGUUUUUGGGGUUUUUUGGGGUGCUGAUCCCGAAUUUCCCCCCCAGGUGGUGUACGGGGACACGGACUCGGUGAUGUGCCGCCUGAGCGUGCCCGCCGUGCCCGAGGCGGCCGCCCUGGGCCGCGAGGUGGCCACCUGGGUGUCCGGCCACUUCCCCUCCCCCAUCCGCCUCGAGUUCGAGAAGGUGUACCUGCCCUAUUUGCUGAUCAGCAAGAAACGCUACGCCGGGCUCUGCUUCCCGGGGGGCUCCGGGGGGACCCCGAAAUUGGACUGCAAGGGGCUGGAGGCCGUCAGGAGGGACAACUGUCCCCUGGCUGCCAACCUGGUGACGGCCUGCCUCAGGAGGAUCCUGCUGCACAGGGACCCCCAGGGGGCCGUGGCCCACGCGCAGGAGGUGAUCUCAGACCUGCUCUGCAACCGGGCUUUGGGCUGGGUUUAG